AUGUUUUUGGAACGACGAAUGGCUUCCACGAGGGGUUCCCUCCGUAUCCAGGGCGACGACAACCUCCAGUCCAUGCUGGUGGGGGCGGUGAUGAGGAAGAUCAAGUCCCGCUCCUGGAAGAAGCAGAGAUACUUCAAGCUGCAGGACGACGGCAUGACCAUCUGGUACAAGUCCAAGAAGGCCGGGAACGCCCACUCCACGUUCUCGGUGAGCGACGUGGAGCUGGUGCGCGAGGGCCACCAGAGCGAGGUGCUGCUCAGCAUCGCCGACGAGUUCCCGGCCGAGCGAUGCUUCACCGUGGUGUUCCGCGGUCGCCGUGGCAACCUGGACCUGGUGGCCGAGUCGGCCGACGAGGCCCAGUCCUGGAUCAAGGGCAUGAGGAAGCUGAUCGAGAACCUGGAGAACAUGGGGGAGCGGGAGAAACUGGACCAAUGGAUCAGUGACUGGUUCAAGAAGGCCGACAAGAACAACGACGGCAGGAUGAACUUCAAGGAGGUGCAGGACCUGCUCAGGAUGAUGAACGUGGACAUGAACGAGCACCACGCUCAUCGUCUCUACACGAUGGCGGACAAGUCCCAGUCCGGCUCCCUGGAGGGCGACGAGUUCGUGCUCUUCUACAAGAUGCUGACCCAGAGGGAAGACGUGCUGAGGAUCUUCCAGACGUACUCGUCCGACGGCCAGAAACUGUCGCACGGCGACCUGGAGGACUUCCUGAGAGAAGGGCAGCUGGAGGGGGAGGACGUCCAACAACAUGCCAAGGAGCUCAUCGAGCUCCACGAACCCUCAGACACAGCCAAGCAGCUGAACGCCAUGACCUUCGACGGGUUUCUGAUGUACCUGGGCUCGGCCGAGGGCGGCGUCUUCAACCCCCGGAGGAGAAGCGUCUUCCAGGACAUGGACCAGCCGCUGUGCCAUUACUUCAUCUCCUCGUCCCACAACACCUACCUGAUGGAGGACCAGCUCCGGGGACAGAGCAGCGUGGAGGGAUACAUCAGGGCUCUGAAGCGCGGCUGCCGGUGCGUGGAGGUCGACUGCUGGGACGGCCCAAACGGGGAGCCCAUCGUCUACCACGGACACACCCUCACCUCCAAGAUCCUGUUCAAGGACGUGGUGGCCGCCGUGGGCAGCUACGCCUUCAAGGUGUCGGACUACCCCGUCCUCCUGUCCCUGGAGAACCACUGCAGCGUGGAGCAGCAGCGGGUCAUGGCCCAACACCUGGACAACAUCCUGGGGGACAAGCUGUUGAAGAACACGCUGGACGGGCCAGCUCCGGCCCGGCUGCCGUCGCCCCAGAGCCUGAAGAGGAAGAUCCUCCUGAAGGCCAAGAAGAUCGGGGGUCUGGAGGAUCCUGGUCUGAACGGGGCGGUGGACGAGUCCCCCACCGACGAAGACGAGCCGUCAGAGCUGGACGAGGAGAGUCUGCACCGGGAGAGCGUCCGCCGCCGGGUCAAGAGGUCGAAGCCCCGUCUGUCCCAGGAAUUGUCCGACUGCGUCGUCUACUGCAAGAGUUUCCACUUCCGGAGCUUCAAACACUCCCGGGUCCACUCCAAGUUCUACGAGGUGGCGUCUUUUACCGAGUCCAAGGCCCGGAAGCUGCUGAGAGAGGCCGGGCCGGAGUUCGUCCGUCACAACGCCCGGCAGCUGACCCGGGUUUACCCCACCGGGUUCAGGGCCGACUCCUCCAACUUCAACCCCCAGGAGAUGUGGAACGCCGGCUGCCAGAUCGUGGCUCUGAACUUCCAGACGGCCGGCGAGGCCAUGGACCUGAACGACGGCCUGUUCGGUCAGAACGGCGGCUGCGGGUUCGUCCUGAAACCUGAAUUCAUGAGGGAUUCUGGGGAGAAGCGGUUCGACCCGGAGACGCCCCAGACCGUGCCGGACUACCGGCCGGUGCUGCUCAGUAUCCAGGUCAUCAGUGGACAGCAGCUGCCUAAGGUCAACAUCAAGGAGGGUUCCAUCGUGGACCCGCUGGUCCGGGUGGAGAUCCACGGGGUCCUGCUGGACCAGGCCCGGCAGGAGACCCGCUACAUCGAGAACAACGGGUUCAACCCGGUGUGGAACGACUCCCUGGUCUUCACCCUCCACUCCCCCGAUCUGGCCCUGGUUCGCUUCGUGGUGGAGGAUUACGACAAGACGUCCAAGAACGACUUCGUGGGCCAGUUCGCUCUGCCGCUAACCUGCAUGCAGCAAGGUUACCGUCACAUCCACCUGCUGUCCAGAGACGGGACCAGCAUCGCCCCCGCGUCGCUGUUCGUCCACGUCCGGAUCACCGACCUGGACCAGACCCCGGCCGACGCGCCGGAGUAAUCAGAUUACUGCGGAGGAAUCAGAUUACUCCACAGAAAACAGACUCUCAGCUCACGAGCUAGCACGGAUGCUGGAAGUGGAUCUGCGUUGUUUCAACGGGACGUUUCAGCUCUAAUCCUCGUUAGACCUUGUUUCCUCAGAAUCCUCCGUUCUGUCUGUUUAGUGACUCCGGUGUUGCAGUUCCGGCCUCCCGCCACGGCGGGGCGCUGCAGCGCUCUCACCGCCUCCAGCAUCCCUGUCAAAUAUAUACGUAAAUAAGCCAAAUGUUUGG